UUCAAUGUCUAUUCUACUUUCCAAUAAAAUAUAUUUUAAUGAGAUCAUGACAUAUAUAUAUCUUCAACUUUGAACUAUGCAUAAGAAUGCAUGUGAUUAAUAUAAACAAAAUAUUGCAUGUACAUGGAUGAAGAUUCUGAACAAUUGUUAGAUUAUUUACGUAAAAAAAGCAGAACUUUGCUAGCUUUUACAGAAACUAAUUCUAAGAAGAUCAAUAACGAGAUUCAAAGAUUGAAUCAGAAGAAUUCAUUAAAAUUAAGAAGACAAAAUUGUUAUUUAAAAGACCGUAAAGAAAUAUGGAACUUGAGGAACGAUUCAAGUGCUGUUAACAAUCUAUUGUGUCCAGAGUAUCAUUCUGAAAUUAAAAAUCUAACAACAUGUUCAUCGGUUCCUAACAUGCGUCCAUUGGAAAGAAUUGUCAUACCAUCCAAAAAUUUAUCCCAUUCACAUUGUGUAGUAAGUAGGAAACCGGUGAAAGAAUGUUAUUGCAAUGUUGAAAUCAAAAAAUUACAAACUCGUUCUCCAAGAACCAUACAUAAACCUACUCCAUCUUGUAAUUAUUGUAAAAAUCAUAUUUGUCAUGUGCCAUUGACGAUAAAUGAAAAUAAUAUAGGAGAUACACUAUCACCACCUAUUAGUUGUGAAACUAUUCGUAGAGUACAAAAAAUUAAUUAUCAUCCUCAGUCGCAAUUUCUUCGCAAUGUUCAAAAGAAAGUUUCUGUUCUUAAGAAUGUACCUUCUGGUGAUUGUCCUGACAGUUGUCCAAGAUCAUCGUAUUAUCACAAAUUGAGGACUGAUAAAACUUCCAUGGUAAUGGAUACAAAUACUCGACCAAAAAUUGUUACAGAACAAAUAAACAAGUCUAGUGACAUUGACUUGGAGAAAUUGAGUUCUACUCAGAGAGUAUCAAGUUCUCUGAUAGAUGAAGAAGAAGAAGGAGAAGAAGAAGAAGAAGAAGUAGAAGAAGAAGUAGAAGAAGAAGAAACUGAGACAAAAGUAAUAGAAAAAGUAAGCAAGGGUAUUCAAGUACCUUCGAGGAAACAAUCUAAAUCGAAAUUUCAAGUUAGAAGAACUAUAUCUUCAAAAAAAUGUAUAUCAGAAGGAUGUAAAGGUAAAUCUGUUUCAAGAUCACCUUCUAUCGGUAAAAAGACUGUAAAAUCAUCUACUGUAGAUUGUCAGUGUUAUGACAAAAGUAAAGAGGACAAAUUUAGCAAAGAUUUGGAAACGUAUCGUGUUUAUUCAGAAGAUUAUGAAGAUGUCGAUGAUAAAUUGAAAAAAUGGUCAUCGCAUGAGAAAGUGGAUCAAAGAAAAGCUUUAACAUCUCCAAAUAGUAAAGUUAAAGAAUUAAGAAAAUUUCGUGAAGAAAAUUAUUUCGACACUCAUGGAUCGAGUCAAACACUUUUGUCAUCGGAUUCUUCAAAAUCGUUACAGCAAUAUACUUUGAAUGAUAGACUUUUUGCUGAACCUUUUAAAAGAAUUCACAAAAAGGAUUUGGUUGUAACGAUGCCACCAUGUGCAACGAUACAAAAGAAACGUGUUCAUUAUUUUCCUAGAUAUAUAGUAAGACAAGAGAAAAAUAAUUGUAAUACGAAUUACAAGAAAAAACGUUGCCAAAGUUGUCCAUUGACUGGACAUGCAAUAGAUCUUGGAAUUUCUAAACCUCGUCCGGUAUUGAAUAGCUUGGCAUUAAAAUAUCAAAAGAGACUUCCUUAAUGUGAAGAAGUAUUUUUAUUAUUUAAAAGAAUAUUUUUUAUUA